UUACUGCCGUCAACAACCAGCUUUCGUUAUUGUGGAAAGAGCUGAGCUGUUAAUCGCUUGUAGAAGAAGAGGCAAUUAUUGCAAGUCAAUGCUUCCACAUCAUUAGCAAGUACAAGCCUUCCUACAAGAAUCGGACAACCAAGGUUGUGCAUAUACCACAGAAAUCGAGAGUACGAAGAGCCAUGGAAUAGAACUUCGUUCUUGAAUCUUUGACCUCCAGGCUUGAACUUCGAUCUUGUAUACAAAGCGAUUUAAAUCCCCGGUAGCCAUAUUGAUUGCUUGUGUAAUGCUGUGAAUCAAGAAAUUUAUCCGGCAACAUCGAGCUCAAAUUGUGUACUGAGGUAACACACAGGACUCAGUGUUUUCACGGAAUUGUCAGUGAAUGUAUCUAGUUAACUCUGAAAGUAGCAAGUAUUGAAUAGACUUGGACAUAGACAACGGACUUGGUAUUCCUGUUCAGUCGCAACCGUCAGAGGAAGGAGGAAGAUGGCUUGCGCUACCUUAAAAAGAACGCUGGAUUUCGACCCAGUUCAUAAUCACGGAAGACCAUCUAAACGUCGGCGAUGUGUUCCUAUGUGCAUGUCUCCAAACACGCCACCAACAAAACAACACGAGCUUAAUCCAUCGCCUUUUGGAGAAGUUUGCCCCAAGUUGACACCUGAGAAGAUGGCAGCUAGCAUUCGUGAAGAAAUACGCCGAUUGCAUCGUCGUAAGCAGCUGAAUUUUUAUCCUGGUCAUGAAGUCCAUUGUCACCAAGAAUCCUCUUCUGAUGGUGCAAUGGAGUCUCCAGGAUCACCAACUACCUCAAGCUUUGCUACAACAUAUUCAUCAAACACCAAGGAAAAGCCUUUAUUUACGUUCCGACAGGUUGGUUUAAUCUGCGAGCGCAUGUUGAAAGAACGGGAGAGUCAGAUUCGAGAGGAGUAUGACCGUGUCUUGAACGCCAAGCUCUCUGAACAGUACGAUGCAUUUGUCAAGUUCACGUAUGAUCAAAUACAGAAACGCUUUGAAGCUGCUGCUGUCCCGAGCUAUCUUUCCUAAAUUUGUUGUUGCUGCUGCAAAGAGAGUUCCAGAAAUAUUUAGCCAAGCAACUGAAAUCCAGCAAGAAACAUGUUUUUCCUCCUUAGUCUAAAUGCUGUGCCUCACGUACAUUGCUAAAAGUAAAGGAUGAAGUUGAUGAAACGAAGCCAAGAAUUUCAAAGUUAUAGUUAGUAAAGAGUCUGUGCUGGUGGGGCUUUGGGUUUGUUUUUUUUCUGUAGUGAAGUUUGUUGCAGUUUUUUCUUAUAGGUAUAUGAAACUGCAUGGCACUGUUAUUGGUUUCAAGUGAAAUUAAUAGACCAUAUUAUGUAUUAUUGUCUUCUUGUUAACGCUAUUCUGUGAAGGAAAUAAGAUUACCCUUAGAACAUGUAGUGUAAUGUUUUGUUUUGUUUUCUUUAUUAGUUUUGCCUUGGAAUACCGAAAUGUAAUAUGAAUCUUAAUUCUUAAAAGACAAAUUAAGUAUUUGGUGUGCAAAAAAAAAAAAAAAAUUAGGAGUGCACAGAAACUUGCAUUGAUCGCUCAAAUUGAAAUGCAUUGAUUGCUGCUGUUUGUUUUAAGUUGUGUGUGAAAGAUUUUGUGUGCUUGGUUGAUUUAAAAAUUGAAACAUUACAGCUUUGAAAGACUGAAAUAUAAUAUAAUAUGAUAUGAGUGGCGGGAGGACAGGGUUUGUAAUUAUUCUAAUGUGGCUCAUGUAGUUGCUUUCAGGGUUGUUAAAUCGCCUGUUCCUACAAGAUUGGUUCAUGCGAAAGCACAUUUUGCAUCCUUCAUGCAUACUCAAAAUUGUGUUUAGAUGUAGAUGUGUGAAAUUUUAACUGAACUCAUGAGUGAUUUGCUGAGUCAUGUACAAAGUACAUUUGUCAAAAGGAUUCUGUCAACUGCAUUCAUGUACAGAGCCAGUUGCCAAAAAGUAUACGGUAAACCAUUCCUUCUGUAAGCACAAACUGUCUGCCAGAAAUGGGUCUGCAAGCAUCAUACCUAAAGAUGUUGUAUUUUGGGACCCUUUAUGUACAUUCAGAAUUUAACUUCUGAUGUACUCUUAUGAAACAGAAAUGAAAUUUGAUGCGUUUUGUUUUCUUUAAGCUAAACUUUCCUGGGAGAGUGUAGUGUUAUUAAGUAUGAUAUUUUCCUCGAGUAACUGGUAUUGCUAUUUGCUAGUGGCCUACUCUUCAUUUACAGUGUGCAAAAAGGAAAGAUUUUAAACGUCGUCAUCAUUAUCAUCAUCAUAAUAGCGAGUGGUUUACAGCCUUUUGGCCGUUUCUCAGAGUAGCAGGUGGCAAGCCUGCACCCUCCAUACAAUUUAUACUCAAUCUUGAUUUGGCUGCUAGAGUUCUCUAGUAGCAAAUCAGAAGAGACAUGGUUGAGAAACAUGGCCGAUGAAUUUUGCUUAUGAAACAGUUCUUUCGUGCACAUUUUGAAUGUAUAGUUUUAAAAAGAAAUAUUUCUUAUUAGGUUAAAUAUAAUUUUAUUGUAUAAAUGAUCCUAAAUUAAUGUUAUGUUGUAAAUGUUUACAAGUUAAUGACUGUAAUAUUAGGUAACCUAAAACUUGCAUGAAGUACUUCGUGCAAUGUUUUUGUUGUUAUUAUUUUAUAACAUAGUUGUGGAUUUUUUUGCAUCAGAACAUAUCACGGCACUUGAACCUAAUUAAAACAAAAUAGGUUCUGUUCCUAUUACUCAUAUAAGUUGGCAGAUGAAUUGAAUUUUGGGUCACUUUCGAUCUGCAGUAAGCUGUUUGGUAGAAGUGGCAACACAGCGAUUGUUAAGUAAGUGCUUUUAUGUGCCACGCAAGGUAUAGACCUUCCUCCGACUGUUUUUACAAUUAUGUCGUAUUUGACAGCUUUCAAAUUUCUCUUGUUUCAUAACAUUCAAGUCAUGAGGUAGCCUCCCAUAUUCAUUCACAGCAGUGAAAACGACCUGAUCAUAUGAAGAUGAAAAGAUAUUUUAGAAGUAAAGCUCUGUCCUCCUUUACCAAAUGUGCCAUCUUCAAGAUCGCUUGCCAACGCCUCUACUACAGUUCAGACUUUUAUAGUUUGUCUUGGAAGCAGCGUUUAGAUGAUGAUGAUGAUGAUGAUGAUACACUGCCAGCCGUCACCCUAAUGUCUAUUCUGCAAUAAUGCAAUGUUUACACCACGUGGCUCCAGUAGUGUGAAAUUGAGGUACUGCAGAUGGUUGGUUUGCAUCAUAGCCAAGUGUCUGCACCGUUAGAAGAUAUGGUCAGAUUAUUUGUAUCAUUUCCAAGUUCCAUGCCUGUAACACAGUUUCCUCUGUCAGCUUACAAGAUUACAGUGCACUUCACAAUCCUGAGGAUUUGAGGACCUUCAUCACUGUAGUGUUGUAGUAGUUUUGGUACCAAAUGUGUGAUUACAAACUACAAAAGUGAAAACUGUAAUCAGAGUUUUAACUUCUGUCCCCCACAUUAAGUGUAUGCCAGUUAUUCAUGGGAGAUGCACGAUUAACGGAAAUGGUUAAAGUGGUGGUACAGUUAAUUGGGUUCUUUGCAAGGCAAAGUUGUCAUUUUUAUAGACAAGUAUUGUCACUUUACUACUUGUAUCUUCAUAUGUUUUAGUAUAUGUGUAAAGUUGUUACUACUUUUAUGUCAAGGGAAAUCAUAUGCCAUUUUUUAAAAGCGAAGUAAUGGUGAAAUAUACCCACGUGUAUAUAGAUAUAAGCAAGUGCUGCCUACAAAUUUGAACGUCUGUUUAGGUGAAUGUCUUUCUGAGUGUUCAAAAUGAUGAAUAAAUGGAACAGUUUGGGGCCUCUUACAUGUUUGUAAAAGAACAUUAAACACACAUUUUCACAGAUUCGCUGAUCUUAUAAAUUGUAUACAUUUAAUUAACAUUGGUAGUUUCAAAUAUGUAUACUUUAAAGUUUUUCCUUCAGAAAUUUGCUGACUGUGAAAAGUUUUGGUAUAUAUCUAUACAGUUAAUUAUAUUUCUUGGAUUUGGUUUCUACAAAAUGCAAAGAGUUCACAGUGUUAGAAAAUGUGGGUGUUUCAGAUCAUCUUGAUGGCUUUUUGUUUUGAUCCUUUACAGCAUCACGCUGCAUUUCACUGGAUUGUAUAGCUGUUCAUGUUUGCAAUCUGAUGCUGGUCAGUGACCCAUUGAUGUUCCAUCAUUUUUCCAGUAGUCGUAACAUAACAUAAACUGGACUGUUGUGAAUACAGUGCACCAUCCACUUUUAGUAAGGUGUUGGUUUAUUUGUUAUUUAUAACUUUCAGUAAUAAUUAUCUUUUUAUAUAUUUUUAAAUUGUCCAAUUCUCUCACUCUUUUAUUGGUACUUUUUAAUAUUUCACCACUUAGGGUUUAUUUUCUUAAUAAUUUUAUUUUGGUGCGUUUAACUACGAUUUAGCUAUUGUGUCUAGAUGUCACUUAUUAUUCAUUCCAGUGACUGCUACCAGUUUCUUUUAUAAAUAUGUGUUGGCUUACAGUAAUUCACAAUAAAAAAACUUCAAAUUAAAAAUCAGUAUAUUGUAAAUUGGAAAUUUGUAUGUAAAUUAAUGUGUGUGCUGUCAGUAUGUUGUGAAUGAACAUCAGUGGUGGUUUGAAAUAAGCAGAAUUUACACACUGCAUGUUCAUACGGCGAAAAAUCUUCAAUUUAAACAUGAUGGUUACUAUCUCAGAAACAACGUAUUAUAUGAUGAACAUGCUAAGUAACAACCAAUAUUGGGAUAGUAGUAACAUACUUGAUCUUAAACAUUUUUUGACCUCUGCAGUAUUCAUUCAUGUAAUAAUGUAAUGUGACUGUGUUAUCCAUAUUGGACAACGAUUUAGUUUUGCCACUAAAUUUUAGUUAGGGCUCUAAAAUAUGAGACUACAUGAGAAUUUCUUUAUCCAUCAUGCCAGGAUACUCAAAUCCAUGACCCCAUUAAGAAAAUAAUGUCAGUAGCUAUAAAUACGGUGUAUUUAUAUUUUUUUAUUUAAAUGACUGUUUCAGAAACAAAGCAGUAACUUCCUGCAAAUACAUAAAAUUCAUGUCCUUGUCAGUACAGUAUAUUUACAUUGCUGAAAUAAGUGGGAAAAUUUAUCUUCGUUAUUCCCUAACCAUGGUUGGGUAACAGGAGUUUCAAUGAAGCAAGCAGGGAAUAUGGAGCAUUUUAUGUUUUUUUGUUGUCUGGGUAGUGAAGUAAAGGAGAUUCCAGUGAACUUUGGCAUAUGGCUUGGGAGAAACAAAUGUGCAUAGAUAAUUCUGGACUCUAACCACUUAGAAGACCAAGACACAUUGGAGGAUAAUAAUAAAAUGUAUCUUAAGGGCAUUUUUUUUUUUGUAAAUGUGAGCUUAUCCCUUGGUGGUACUUUGAAGCUUCAGAUUGUAAUACUACAGUGUUUCCUUCGAAUGUUCAUAAUGUAGACAUUUUGUGCCUACAUGUAAUUUUCAUUAAGCUCUUUGAGUAUACGUAUAUCAGAAUUGUUUCGCAGAGAAUGCAUGGAAGUGGAUACAAAUGAGGAUAUUGAUUUUUUAAACACAAAACGUCUUUCUUUCAAAUGGUUUCUUGCAGAUAAUGUGUAUAUGUUUUUGGGGCAAAUUAAUUUAAUGCCAUCAACCAAGCAGGAGUGAAUGUUUUCAGCUCCAUCCAGAACUUCACAUUCAGUUACAUUACAGCAUAAGACCUGGCCACAGGAUUGCUAGAGUUUUCCUGUUUCUGAGUAUGGACAUAAAAUGCAAUUCUGAACUCCAUUUCAGGCACAAGACCAAGUGAAUACAGUUCAGGUUAAAGGUUACAUAUUUGUGCUCUCGAAAUAUAAUUGGAUGUCAAUAUUGCUUUCCGUGGUCUUUGAAAAUUAUGUACAUGCAGGCAGACUGAUGGAUACUGUAACAUGUGAACGUGGCACAAUAUUGUCUUGUUAAUAUCUAGAACUUAUAUGUCAUGUAUAUUUAACUGGAUGUGAAAAUCAUUUGGGUCUUGAGGCCAACUGGCUGCUGAAAGCUAAACUUCAUGUUUCUUAGUUACUAGUAAAGGGCUCCCACAACAACAAAAAUUUUACAGUUGAGAAGUUUUAUAGUAAUUUUGAAUAGACAGAAUUAUAAAUGGCAUAGGAUCUGGUUAUGCAAGCAAUGCAUUUGGUACUCAGUGAAACAGAUUAUGAAGUCACCAUGAACUUUGUGUAUGAUUGGAUUUAUGCUGUAUUUUAUAAUUAUAUUUGUUUUGCAACCCGUGUCUCCCAAUACUCUUUUGCAGAUAUAUUUGAACUGCAGUAGUGAGGAAGCACGCAGUGUGUGCUGUAAGUUAAAUUGUGUUCUGUUUGCUUUGUGGGAUUCACACUACCACUUGUGGACAAUCUGUGAGAUUGAAAAAUGUUGAUGUUAUAAGUAUCAUAAUUAAGUUACAUGUAUUUUUCUUUCUUGCCACAUUGUGAUAUAGACAGGGAGUUGAAUCUGAACCAGAAAUGCACAUAUUUUUCCAAGAUUCACACUUAAGUGAUGUAGACCAUAAUGAAUGUUAACAUGUCUUACAUAAUAAUUUAUUGUGACUAAAAGUUGUAUAUGGAUGUGAAUAUGAUUUUUAA